ACUGCCAAUGACUGCGAUUUGUGGUAAGUCAUGCAGGCAAGUGCUCUGAGAUUCUCAUGUUGCAGAUUGGCAUUUUUUCCUAGGAAUGGUCUCAUUAUGCAUGAAUUUACCUAUCUGGGAAAAACAACCAAAAAAAAAAAGUUUGUUGGGAAGCGUUUUGACAUCUAUUUGAAAGUUGCCCUGGAAACAAUCAAAUCAGUAAUGUGUGUCCUGCUCUCCCUCUGUUUUCCUUCCGUUGUCAGUUCUUGAUUUCUUUGGAGAUACGGACUGUACUGCUGUGGUUGCCUCAUGAUAGCACUGUACAAAACCGUAGCUUGGCGUUGACUGUGCUGUGGUAUGUGAAACUGCAGGCUGUCUGAUCACACAGAACAGCAUUACUCUCUUUUUAAGACCACCUUCUUUGUCCUAGGGAGCCCUGGGUACUUUCUGUUCACAGGACGUUACCUUGUGUGGGCGUUGCUAGCUGGGGAGCUUUUGUUGGGUCCUGAUGCAGAACAGUGAGUCAUUUCUCACAGUACCAAGCAGAAAUAUUAUCAGAUGUCCAGCAAGCUGGGGCUCAGGGAGAGUGAUAAUUGGUUUCAUUUAGACGUUUCUAUAGAGUUUGGCAUUUUAAACAGUCCCCAGCAAGAGAAGAUUUUGUUCUGACUCAACUAUAUCAGGCUAUUUGAGGAGUUAGGGACAAACUAAUCCGUUAGCAUUUUGUGCUUUUAGAAUAUUGAACAUACAUACUUCCAUGCCCUGGUUUCACUCUGUGUAUGUUAGAACAACGAAGCAUUUCCUCCUCUAGGUUCUGGCAUGUAACCUCACAAGAACACGUUGCUGGCAGUUACUGAAACAAGACUUCUAGCUUUCUUUUGUCUUUUCAAUAGAACUGAAAGCAAGUACAGGUUUUACUGUAGGUAGACUUCCAGUUUGGGGGGUUUUCUUUGUUUCUUUUUUAAUUAGACAUAUCAGAUGCAUUUUCUUUCUAUUAAUUCAUUUAUUCUACAAACAGACUUUUAUAAGCUCUCUCUUACCAGAGAGAAAUGUCGCUUUCUUCACAAUCAUACCUGUAGUGGAAAUGCUAAGUCAUGGCCUGAACCAGUGAUGGAGCACCUGGUGGGAAGGCAGGGGCAGCCCACGGGAGCUCAGGUGCAAGCAAUGCAGCUGAGUGACCUGAAGGGCUGGAUCCACCCCUUCCCAGACCUCAUUUAAGGGCUGGCAGUAGAAGUAAGGGUAUCUCACAGGAGAUCCCUGCCUAUCUGAGGUCUUGUGAAGGUAAGCAGAAAGAAACAAACAAAAAAACAAGGUCAAAUAACUUUCUCAUUUUAUGGGGUUUUUUGCCCUUUUUAAAAAUGUUUUAAUAAAAAAAAAAUGCUAAAAGUUUUGUUACUUGUAUACAUAAUUAUAUCACAUAAUUAAAACGUGGGCCAAGGCCAGAUUUUCUCUUCACUCCAUGUGGCCGAGGCAAUCCAAAUUUUGGACACACAUGGUCUAGUUCAGCCCCCUUGCUAAGCAGGUAAAUAUGCUGCAGGACAAAGUGCUGCUUCUUUCCCAAAGAAACUGCUGUCCGUGUGCAAGUUUAAAUUAGUGGUGUUGUUUUUUGUUUUGUUACAUUUUGCUUUUUUCCCAAACUUUGUGCAAGAACUUCAAAAGCAAUCAGCCAUUCUGAGUGCUUUCAUUUUGUUAUCCAAAUUAGGAUGCUGCAAGAAGAAUCAAAUUGACAUAAUAAUGUUUGUUGUCAGAUGCUCGUAUUCAUCUUUCUAAAUAAAUUUUAUUUCUUCUUAAGGAUGAGGAAUGCUACUCUUUUGUCUUUUGGGGGAAUUAGUGUCUUCCUACAUCAGCUGAGUUACUAGUUUUGCCCCGGGUUUUCCCACUCUGUGUAUUACCGAUGCUUAGCAUAGCUGCUCAGUGAAAUUGUAAUAUAAAAGGGUGUGUAGUCAGCUGGGUAUUGACGCAUGCUAUUCUUUAAACUCAAACCAAACAGUACAGUAAUGCUUUCUGUAGAACACACUGGUAAUGUUAUUUUCCCCCUCUUUUGUUUACCCUGCUAUUCCUGAGCUGCAAAAGAUUUGUAAGUUUGGCCCAGAUCAGUAAUGAAAAUCAGUUGCUAUCUUUUGAUAACUUAAAUUUGAUUUUAACAAACUUGGGCUGAUUAUUCACAAACUGUCACAGGGAUGAAAAUUGAACUUAGACCCCCAUGAGUAACAGUGUAACUGUGAGAUAAGUAUUUAUUUCGGACAUAAAAGCAUUAAGCUCAUUCAAUUCAUCAUAAAACAGGAACACGGUCAGAAAAAGAAAGAGACAUUUAUUGGCUUGAAUCCCCCAAGACUAUCAAAAAAUUCCAUACUGUUUUAAUGAUUUUACAUAUAUCCAGUGACGGGAACAGGCUGUGGAGAGUUCAGGCAAAUUAUGCCCCCUAUUUCUUCGAUAACGGAGCCAGGAGCACCAAUGGGAACAUGGCACUUCUCAGCCUUUCCGAGGACACACCUGUUGGUUCGCAUGUGUAUACUCUGAACGGAACCGAUCCGGAAGGAGAUCCCGUGACGUACGGCCUGACCUACGAGGCUGGAUCCAGGCGCUACUUUUCUGUUGAUGGGAACCUUGGAAACGUGACGCUGAUCGAGGAACUUGACAGAGAGAAAGAAGAUGAGAUUGAAGUUAUUGUCAGUAUUUCAGACGGCCUGAGUACAGUUUCAGAGAAAGUUAGGAUCCUUGUAAUGGAUGCUAAUGAUGAGAGCCCGGAGUUCAUCAAUACACCUUACAUAGUCCAAGUCCCAGAGAACUCUCCCUCUGGUAGCAGCAUCUUUAAGAUCGAGGCAGUGGACAGAGACACUGGUUCUGGAGGAAGUAUCACCUACUUCUUGCAGAACAUCCAUGCUAAUAAGUUUACAAUAGAUCGUCACAGCGGUGUCCUGCGCAUCAAAUCAGGGGUCACCCUGGACUACGAGAAGUCAAGAACGCAUUUUGUUGUCGUGGUAGCCAAGGAUGGCGGUGGGAAGCUGAGGGGAGACAACAAAGUGUUCUCAGCCACAACAACUGUUACUGUCAACGUGGAAGAUGUUCAGGACACUCCUCCCAUGUUCAUUGGGACUCCCUACUACGGAUAUGUCUAUGAGGAUACACUUCCGGGCUCUGAAGUCCUCACUGUUGUGGCACUCGAUGGAGACAGAGGAAAGCCAAACAAUAUUCAUUACUGCAUUGUGAAUGGAAGUGAAGGUUCAUUUGAAAUCAGCAACACAACUGGAGCCAUUUCUGUUAUAAAAAGUCCAAAUCAGCUCAAGAAGGAAGUGUAUGAACUAAGAGUUCAGGCAUCAGAAGUCAGCCCAGAAGGUGAUGUCUCAGCAUAUGCCUUUGCCACGGUGACUAUAAGGGUGGUCGAUCUCAACAACCAUCCACCAACAUUCUACGGAGAAAGUGGACCCCAGAACAGAUUUGAACUGACCAUGUAUGAGCAUCCCCCAGAGGGUGAAAUCUUGAGAGGACUGAAGAUUACUGUCAAUGAUUCAGAUCAGGGAGCCAACGCUAAAUUCAACCUCCGUCUUGUUGGACCCGGCGGCAUCUUCCGAGUCGUUCCCCUAACGGUCCUGAAUGAGGCUCAGGUUACAAUAAUAGUGGAAAAUUCUGCUGCUAUUGACUAUGAAAAAUUCAAGGUGCUAACCUUCAAGCUUCUUGCAAUAGAGGUGAACACACCAGAGAAAUUCAGCUCGACAGCUGACAUAGCGAUACGCCUGCUGGAUACCAAUGACAAUGUCCCAAAGUUCUCCUCUGACUACUACAUUGCCAGGAUCCCUGAGAACUCUCCAGGGGGCUCAAAUGUAGUUGCUGUAACUGCUACAGAUCCAGAUUCUGGGCUUUGGGGAGAAGUCAAGUACUCUAUCUAUGGAACGGGAGCAGAUCUGUUCCUAAUCCACCCAUCGACAGGUAUAAUUUACACCCAGCCCUGGGCUGUAUUAGAUGCUGAAGUGAACUCAAAGUAUAAUUUCUACGUGAAAGCGGAGGAUACAGAUGGGAAAUACAGCUUGGCUGAAGUGUUUAUCACUGUGCUAGAUGUCAAUGACCACUCUCCAGAAUUCAAUGAAAACAUCCAGGAAAAGACAAUGAUCAUUGGGUCACCAGUGAAGAUAGAGGCUAUAGAUCAAGAUGCAGAAGAACCAAACAACAUUGUGGAUUAUUCCAUCAUGCAAGCAGAUCCAGCCAAUGUGUUUGAUAUAGACCAAAGCACAGGGGAAAUCAAGCUGAAGUCCUAUAUCCGUUCCCUGGACAUCAUCCACAACAUUACAAAGAACAAAGACUGCAUAUGGUCGUUGGUGGUGCAGGCCAAAGACCGAGGCUCCCCGUCCUUCAGUACCACAGCAGUUCUGAAGAUUGAUAUCACAGAAGAGACUCUUCACAAAGGGCCUAUGGCCGCCUUUUUGAUGCAAACUAAAGAUAACCCCAUGAAAGCCUUAGGAGUGCUAGCUGGUGUCAUGGGCAUAAUGGUGCUGAUAACUAUCAUGAUCUCUACCGCCAUGUUCUGGCGCAAUAAGCGGUCCAACAAAAUCAUGCCGGUAAGAAGGAUCAUAAAAAAGAGACAGACCCAGCAGUCCCGCACGGUGAGGAUGGAGUGGCUGAAGUUCAAGAGGCCCAGUAAUGCCGCAGAGAAGUUUGUCGUCGAGGACGAUGCCAAGAGCCUGCAGAACGAGAACAGCAACAACAAUGUCCAGGCAGCCCCAGUGCCCCCAGCUGCUCCCUUGCCCCCACCGCCCCCUGCCCUGGCUGCCAGCGGGAACAGCGCAGCGUGGCGGGUACCAACUGUGUCUGGCUCCCUCACUCCCAAGUUCAUCAACAAGCAGCUGAAGAAGAGAGGUCAUAGCAGCACCCACAACGCCCUGGUGUCAGAGCUCAAAAUGAAGUUUGAGAAGAGAAAUGCAUCUAUGGGUGAGCCACACAUCUAGGCCACGUCUAGGUGCUCUUGGCAGCCCCAGAGACUAUGGGUUGUGGCUGCACAUGGGUAUGUUACGUGCCGUGGUCUUCCCCGUGUCUGUCAAUACCCGUGAACUGAGAGCAGCUUCUCGCUGUGAUAGCCGCCCCUCACCUUCCAGAAGCGUUAUGUGCUGUGGAGUCACCCCACCUGUAUCAAACAUUGUGUUCUGUGCCCAGUUAGGACUGCAGUUCCUUCAUCCCAGGUCCCAGUGCUGGUUCCACCCUGCAGCUGUCUAACCAGGGUGCCCCUUAUGCUCUCGCACCAACCAGAGCCUCCCAAAGUGACCAGGGGCUUUGGGCUGCCCCUGCUCCAGAGGCCCUUAGCCAGCACCCUGGUUUUCAAACAAGACGCUCUGCAGAUGCCACUUCUGAUCAGGUCUGGCAGGUGGAGCUGAGGCAUCCAAAAACCCAUCGCUUCAAACGCCAUAACCCGUUCAGAAGGCAUUGUUUUGACUGCAGCACCAGGGGCGGUGUGAAGGUCUCCAUCUGCAGCAGCUCACAGAACACUGGCAGCAAGUUGGGUGUAGGUGAGACCUGUCCUUGGGUAUGAUGUGCAGAGCAGCAGCUGGUGGAAUGAUGUGCUAAUGGUGACAGCACCCUUCGUCCUGCAGGUAAGCAUGCAGGCUUGAAAAAGUUCUUCGUUUUCCUGCAGCUUAUGCUGGAUUUUGCCAGAGCACAUUGGCAUGAUGCUUCUGCCCCCAGCUUGCCAGCUAACCUGAGGACGGGAGGACAGCUGGGGCAGGAUGCAAGCACAGGAAUUCAGUAGCAGUGCUCACCUGAUACUGCCUCCUUCUGACACCACACCCCCUAAGGAGAGGCAAGCUGGCAGGAGAAGGAUGUGAUUAAAGCAGUGGGGAAGAUAAGGUAAAGCCAAGACAAAAAUGAUAGGUGAAAAAUAGAAACAAAGUGCUGGAAAGUCACAUAUGUUGGUCAGGGAUGUGUCUGGAAAGUUUAUUUGGCUCUGUACAAUGCAAGCAGGGGGCUUGGAGAACAGAUUUCAUCAUCUCUACCAGCUUGCUCCAGGGACCAAAGAGUGCAAAAGGAGCUUCUUUAAAAUAUUCUGGUUUGUACUAGCAGCAUUUUGCCUGAAUUAUGUAACAGCUAACUGGAAACAAGUUUUUUUUUUCCUGUUAUGUGACAGUAAGUCGGCACUGGAGGCAGAGCAGAUUUUUACUGGGUCUACCCUAGUUUCUAUGUCACACUUGUCUCUGAUUAGGUGUUUUAAGCGGAACCUUAAGGCAACAUGCACUGGUCUGACUGGGAAGAAGCACCCUAUGCCCACACUCCUGCCCCUUAAGGCAGCACCAGCUGCCUUAGGUUGGCUGUCAUGGAUGGACACCAUGAACGUCGAGAUGGGGAGCAAACCCUGAAUGACAGAACGCUGUGUUACUCCAAAGUGUCUGUGCAGCUUCUCAAAGAACUGCUUUGAGUCCUUUCAGCUGGACCAGCAGCCCAGCCCCUCUGGGGCUCCUCUUCCCUCACUCCAUUAGCUGAUCUAUUCCUUUCCUUUGCGCCAGGACCUCAUCACCUGCGGAGUUAGCGUGUUGAAUGAGAAACUACCACUUACAGGAAACAACCCCAUGUUUUUUUAAUUUCUCUUCGCUCCAGUUCACCAUACAUGUUCUUGCCACCAGUGGGCUAAUCCAGGAGCAACGGAGAGGAGCCACGUUGCUCAGUGCAGCUCUGUCAAUGGGCCCAAGCUUAUGGGGAGAGUGCAGGCUCCAGGGCGUCCCUCUGCAUCAGGCUCUAGCAGCACUGGGAACACAACACAGUGGACCUAGCUCCCAGAUUGGGCUGGGGAUGCACAGCGGCUUAGGCCCCAUGUAGAUCAGGGACUGAAAACUGCAGAGCAGCGAGGAACAACAGUCUGCCUGGUUUUGUGGGGGGACACAAAAUAAUAUACGUUCACUCAUGAACACACUUCUCUGAAGCAGUCCCCAGGUUUAGGACUGCACAAGGAGCUGUGGCUGUAAAUCUCUUUAAGGAGUCCUCUAAGGACAGUUUAAUCAGAGUGUGAUGACUGGAGCCAGUCAAAGCCACAGACCCUCAGUGGAGUGAUGGAUGCUCAGCAGGGAGGAACGGCAUCAUAGCAACCCUUGUUGGUACCACACCACCUUUCCCACUGUGCCCUUCAUCCCUCCACUGUUUUCCGGCCUUCCCUCAGGGCCCGCUGGUCAUCCCUCCCCUUGGCUUCAGGCCCUUGCAUCAUGCACUAUGUCUUCAUCCCCUGGCCACGGCCAUUUGAGAGAGGGGAGACGCAGCCCCAUCAGCACUGCUCAGCCCUGGUCCCACAGCCACAGCCCCACAUGGGCUUGUGGCUCCUCUGGGCUCUGCAGUGCUUUAUGGGGCACCAAAACCUUGUGACGUAUCCCUUGUUCCACACUUUUCCCAGUGUUGUGUUGAAGCCAGUAUUCAAUGUUUAUUCUCCGUGAGGAAAGCCUAUAAAGACCAUUCAAUUAAGUGAGAUUUAAUUAAGUGAGAUUUAGCAGGAUUUAUAGGCUUAUAGUCUUGGAGAUUAUAUUUAAGAAGGAGUAAAGAUGUUUUAUUACGAUGUUGUGAGACUUUUCCAGUUACUCUGUAUUUCAACUUCAGAUAAUUUUUUUUAUAUAAAUAACAAAAAAAUAUAUAUAUUGAAAACUU